GGGGGGAAAAAGUUGGCAACAGAACCUGCGACUCUUUUUAGAUGUUCACCAAUACAACUGCUACUCAUUUUCAUGGAGUUCACUAUAAAAUCUCUUCAUCAUUUUCAGUUUCCUCUCUACAAAAAUUACCAUCCCCAAUUCACCCAUCUUCUUAUUAACCUCCGCCCCGUCUCUACAUUUCACCUUCAAGCCUCAAGACGCCGCAUUUCCAAUUUUCCUCAGGGAAGUGAUGAUUUGGCUGGGGAUUCACGAAACUGGAGGCGUGAUCGAGGCAGCGUUGUGAGUGGAGACUAUAAGUAUGAAGAGUAUGAAGAUGACGAUGAUGAAGACGAAGAAGAGGAGGAUCGAAGUUUAGAUCUGCUGGUUAAAUUUGUUCAGAGCGUUUUCAAAAAGCUUUCUCGAAAAGCUAGGAAAGCUGUCCGGUCCGUUUUGCCUGUUUCAAUUUCCAGUCAAUUGGUGGCAUUUUCUGUUAAUGGAGUUAUAAUUUUGACAUUUUUGUGGCUAUCCAAGGCGGUUCUUGAGGUAUUUUGCACCCUCGGGAGCGUAAUUUUUGCUAGUAUCUUGCUUAUUCGAGGAGUAUGGACAGGCAUAUCAUACUUGCAGAAUAAUCACAGCCAUAGGACAGACGAUGAUGAUGAUCGUCGUGCAUGGAGCGGGGUGCAACCUGCGAGUUAAAUGGCCGAAUAGUAAAGCUUCAAUGCAAUCUCCCAAUUACAGCUACUCUCGGAAACAAAUAGUAUACACAAUAAUUGGGUUUAGGCCCUUUUACAUCUACUGAAUUAAAUCCCGCGAGGUCGAAGCUGGAUCCUUUGUCUUAGACCUAUGUGGUUGUAACUAGGAUGUCAAACAUAAAUGUAAACCGCCAAUUUAUCCAAUUUAUGUUUGGAAAUACGUCUAUAAUAGGUUAGAUUUUGCACAAGUCAAAAC